AUGGCUGAAGGUAUAUCCGAGUUGGUUAAUUCCUCUCGGCUGGUGACAGAAUUUUACCUCCCGAAUUUUGUUGUCCACCAUCUUGAAACUGUUAAUGAAAUCUGGGAUCUGAGAGAAGAAAUUGGCUAUGGAGGAUCUGGCGUGGUGCGAAAAGAGGAACGUCGAGUUCACUCCAGUGGAGAGAAAUAUCAGGGUCCAAUGGUACGAGCCGUGAAACAGAUGAGAAAGGUUCCUCAAAACCCAGACCAAGGACAGUGGAAUUAUAGAGCCGAGUUGGAAGCAGUGGUGAAGUUCUCACAGCCAGAGGUAUGCAAGCACUAUGACCCUUUCUUUGUGCGCACCUUUGGGUGGUUCGAAAACCAAGAAUCUGUGUUUCUGGCCAUGGAAUAUCUUCCAUCGAGUGACCUAGAGAAAUUCAGAAGGUCCUCGCCUCCGCUUUCCGAAUUUGACACGAGCCUGAUCGUGUGGCAGCUGAUUCAAGGUGUGCGACACAUGCACGAUGCUGGGUUUGCGCAUCGAGACUUGAAGCCAGGGAAUAUACUCAUUGCCUCAACAUCACCGAUCUGGCACGUCAAAAUCGCCGACUUUGGAAUCAGCAAGCAAGCUAUGCAGGGUGUAACACGCUUUCACACCAUGCGAAUCUUCGGGACCUUGGGAUAUAUGGCACCCGAGGUAUUGGGUUACUAUGCCAACAACACCGGAAUCAACAAUACCACGAUUGCAUACACUAUGUCGGUCGAUAUUUGGGCCGUUGGUGUAAUUGCAAUGACCUUGCUGCUUGGGCGCGAUAUCUUUCCUUUGCCGGGCGAUUACGCCAAAUAUGUCUUUGGACAACGGGCUCUUGACUUUGCCCGUGGUCAAGGUGAGGUUUUGACAGACGAUUGCCAGGACUUCAUCGCGGCCCUUCUUGCAGCGGAUCCAAUACUUCGACCGACUGCUGCUGCUGCCCUCGCCCACCCUUGGUUAAUGCAGGCCACCGAAGCAACUGAACCUUCUCCAGUAAGAGAGAUCCCGGACUCGGAAGCAGACUCAGACGAGGACUCCGCUCCAUCUGAUUCACUACAGCCUUCCACAAAGAAUCCGUGGGCGACAAUCGGCAGUAGAACUUGGCCGAGCAAAGGAUCGAAGACAUACAGCGACGCGCUCCUGACGAAGUUCAAGUACCUCUGGCUUGAUAUUAUUCUUCUAUCUCCCAAGUUCCAUACUAUUGAGUUCGAGAAGGUUUGUCUCUCUCCUUGUCCAUUGGCCAGCCAAUGGCACGAUUUAACGGCCGUGUGGACUUCUAGUCAGCGUGUCAACAAGAUCCUUGACAAAGGAUACCGGACAUCCGAAGGCCAUGUGGUUCUAUUCUUCUCCGUGAUUGGUAGUCGGCGAUUCUGUGGAGUAGCACAGAUGACCAGCGCACUGGAUUGGGAGAAUACUGACCCCCAUUGGGUUGAGGAUGUCUGGCAGGGACGGUUCACCUUGGCCUGGCUCAGUCAUACAGAGCUCUCAUUUGACCUUGUCAACCAUGUCCCGGUAAAGGAGACCACACCGGGUUUCAGAGCUAUCGCUUGUUACGAUGGCACUGAGAUCUCACCUGGAUCCGCAUAUGAAUUAUUGAGAGUUUUUUCGGCGGCGGAAAGACGGUGA